AAACAGACACACAGACAAACAGACAAACUCCGGUGAUUACAUAACCUCCUGGCAGAGGUAAUAAUCAUUUACCACAUCAACAAUGUCCAGGCUGUAUUUCUGAUUCAUUUAGUGUGACCUUCAUUGAAAAAAGGCCUUUCUUUCAAAGAUGAGGACAUUUCUACGUGAUCCCAAUUUUUUUUAACAGUAGUAUAUUUAGCAAGUAAGCUGCAAACUAAUAAAAACAAGAGUAAACGUGAUAAAGUUAACACAAAAUCUUAAAUAAAUGUCAGGCGCAUCCUUCUGCUUUAUUAUAAAUUGACAGCCUUUGGACUAUAUUUCCAUAUUGAAAGCCACUUGAGUUGCUGAAACUUGUGAUAAGCUUAUUUUUUACUACUAUAUCAUAUUUUAUACACUGCAUAUGAUUAAAUUAUUAAUUUAAUCAAUAAGACACUUGUCUGUUGUAAGUCUGUUGUAUUUACUCAUAAUUGGGUACGUUUAAUUUGUGGACCAUGUGGGCAAAAGGGAUUAGCAAAAAAUGCACUGAUUAUGUAUUUAAACAUGUAGACCUACUGUUAUGACUGAGUCACUCUGAGGGAAAUUAAUUCUUUAGAGUGCUGUGUGAGGCCCUGCUGUCCAAGAGGCUGUGGGAAACACUCAUGCACGCACUCACACACACACACACACACACACACACACACACACACACACACACACACACACACACACACACACACACACACACACACUUGUGGGUUUUUCAUAUAUCUAGCUGAGCUCUGUGCAGCCAUUGGUCGGCCCCCUUCCUGAGAGUGUGUGUGUUCUUCCUCACGUCCGUCGUGUCAUGGCAGAAGCCCGUCUGUAAAGGAAGAAGAAUCUGUUCAGCUCUGACACACUAACUCUUACACACUAUCACACACAUCCGGCAGGCUCUCGUCACUUGUUUUUGGUUUCCUGGCUCCCCAGCUGCUCCGACCCUGCCCUCCUCUCUUUCCUUUUCCCUUUCUCUGCCCUCCUCAGCCCAUUCCAGCUCUCUGCUCUCCUCCCUGCGGUUGUGAGUGUGUUUUUGGGUGAGCUAUGUGUUGCUCGGUGGGUUUUGCCAGGUCCCUGGGCCUGGCUCUGCUGCCUCUGGCCCUCUGCUGUAUUGUGGCCAACCUGCUGCUGCUGUUUCCUAUGGGAGAGAUCACCGACAUGCAGCAGAACCGGCUGGCCAGCUACAUCUGGUACUUUGGUGGACUAGGAGGUGGUGGGCUGCUGAUGCUGAUUCCAGCUGUGGUCUUCAUCACUCUGGGGAAAUGUAGCUGCUGCUGGAAUGAGAGCCUAAUGAUGUGCGGCUCAGUGCUGGCAGCUGUGGUCGGCCUGGUGGGGUCUGGUUAUUGUUUUGUCAUAUCAGGUUUUGCCUUAGCGCAGGGACCCAAGUGUUUCACCUCGUUGGGCUGGUCGUACCCUUUUGCAGAACCUAUUGGCAGGUAUCUGCUGAGGCCAGAGACUUGGUCACAGUGCCUCCAGCCGGUUCAUAUCGUGGAGUGGAAUGUCACUCUGCUGUGUGUGUUACUGGGCCUGGCUGUGCUGGAGUUCAUCAUCUGUCUCUUACAGCUGACAAAUGGUUUAGUCAACGCCGUGUGCCGACCCUGCUGCUAUAAGCAGGAGUACAGUCUUAAUGCUUAGAGAGACAUGUUUGUGUAAGCAUGCUGACCCACCUGCAGAGAUAAUGAAAAACAUACACACACUCUACAUGUAAGCACACAUACAGUACAUUAAUAGACAUGCACAUGCAGCAGUCUGUGUGGCCUCCUUGCACCACCAUGUGGCUGAGUGUGGGCACAGCGCAGCCUUUCAGCUGAAACACACUUGUACAUAUAAUUUCAUGAACAUGUGACAACCAUGUCAGCUACAUGUAAUCACUGAAUUUUCUCAAGUUACUCACUUAAAGUGGGAAAGUCGCUAUGCAGUCACUAUCAGCACCAGGAUAUGACACUAUACAUCCUUUAUAUUCCAUAUGAUGAAAAUGUUGUAUGAUACUUUAUCUACGUGGUGGUGAAGGUGGUCAAAGGAAGCUCAGUUGGCUGACAUGUAUAGAUAUUAAGAAAGAAAAGGAGCAACCUUGAUCAUGCUAAUUAUUUAAAGUGUACCAGAUAAUACAUGAUCUAAACUGUGGAUUUGCUUCACAACAGUCUCUUACUCAUUGUUCCAAGAAUUGCUCAAACUGUUUAGUAUUAUUUUAAUUUCUAUCAUUUGUACAUUUACAUAAACCCAACAACUUCUUUGGCAGCAUGAUGGACAAAUCUAAAUGAGAUCAGUAUUAUUACAUUACACUGGUGCAGUUAAGGUGCCAGCCAAGUAUUGUUUGAUCAUUUGGAAAUGACAUUAGCUCAUGUGGCUAUUUCCUUAGCCUAGGUGAUGAUGUUUUUGCAAGAAGCAAUGCACAUUUCUAUGAUUUUCACUUUUGAAUGUGCCAUCUUGUCUACCAUUAAGUGCACUGAUGCAUCCUUUCUGUCUAGUUUUAUUUGUGUGCUUCCAACAUUUACACUGAGUUGGAUGCAACGUGAACAGAUCGGUGUGUGCGUGUGUUUGUACAUUUGUUUUCAUUGUCAGAACAUUUUAUUGUAAAUUGUUUUCUUAAUGUCUUUCAGAUGCUAGUUCAGUGUUAACAGACAUUUUAUAUAUAUUUUAGUGACAUAUUUUUAUAAUGUACCGUUUGUUUGUGCUGCUUGAAUAAAAAAAGAACUAUUUCAAUUCCA